AGUAAAAGUAAUAGACUCUUAUAACUCAACAUAUUAAGAAUUUGUUUUUUUUUUUACUUGAGAAUCUUGUCAGAUAUUUUAAAAUCAAAACAAAAGUUAAAAUUGGUACUUUUUUACAAGGUAGGAUGUGCUUUUGUUCCACGCUUGGCUUAAAAAUAUUUCUUUGGAUAUUAAUAGCUGUUACCGCAGGAUUUAAUGCCGGCCAAAUAGCAAACGACAUCAAUAUCUGGGAUAUAGUACAGGGUUAUCAGCGUAUUAUUCUGAUUGUAAGCCUGUCCAUGUCCGUGAUUGUAAUUGUUUCUCUUGUUCCAUUAGUUUAUGCCACAAUCCGCAAAAGUACUCGAAUUAUUUACGGGGUAGUCAUUAUUUUAGUACUGAACUUUGUGGGAAAGCUUAUCAUUCUCUUUGUGUGUAUUUGCACUGAAAAAAAUCCCGACAAAACGGCUGCCCAUUACAUGUUUAUUAUAAGUUGGUUUAUUACGUUUUUGUGUAUGGCAUUGGUUACCGUGUACUGGAUUCGCCUUUGUGACCUUGCUAUAGAAAACGAACAAAAUUAGUCUAGUUUUUGAGAAUUAAAAUCAACUGCAAAGACGAAAUGGAAAAUAACCAAGCGGAUCAAAGGCAACAUGACAAUCGGAAGUUAGGAGCCUGCCGCAUUGUCAUCUACCUUUUGGUUAUAAUUUCCUUUGUUCUUUCUAUUGGAAGCAUUUAUAUAUACUAUAUGCAUGUUAAUGCCGUGGAUUGCUGGAAGUGCUUGCAUAAUUCUUAUAUGAUCAUCGGCGUUGUCACUUCGACUUUGACUUUGCCACUUGUUUUUAUUACCCUUCCUUUGGUUUUCCUGAAAUCAGCUCGAGGAAUUCGGAUUUUCCUGCCAUUUCUAUUUGUUUCCUCACUGGGCGAACUCUUGAUGUCAUUGGUCUUUACGCAGGGUUAUCCUGUUAACAUGGAUGUUAUGCGAAUGUGGAAAAACGAGAAGAGUUUGGAGUUCUUCGAAGUCAAUUACAAGUGCUGUGGAGUAAUGGGCCCUGACGACUACUUUGUGGCCACCAAGAGCUUACCGAAAUCCUGCUUCAAGGACCUCAGUAAUCGAGAAGAAGACCUGCAUACCAUUGGCUGCUUCAACCAAUUCUUUGACCCGCCCAAAGUUCUCUACAGCAAAUUUAUCUCCAGUAUAGUUAAGUUAGGAUUAUCUGGUAUAUUAUUUGUUUAUAUGCUUAUGUUAAAACCAACCAGAGUCCGACGUCGUACGCUGCGAUCCAUAAGUCCAAUGGCUCGUCGAAGAACACGUAGAAAUGAUUUUGUUAUGGCAGAUUAAAGUAUUAAAUUAUUGUUAGGUGUA